CGGCCGCCGUUGCGUCGGAAAUUGCUAACCGUCGAGAUUCGAAAGUGAGGAAGGGUUAUUGUGAUCGGUAAUAGUUCUGCUUCUCACCGUUUUGAGUUUUAAGAGAUUCGUCACCAUGGCUGGUAAAGAUGCUAAAAGUAAUGCUGCCAAGGGAAAGAAGAAGGAAGUGAAAAAGGAGACAGGCCUAGGUCUUUCUUAUAAGAAAGAUGAAAAUUUUGGAGAAUGGUAUUCGGAGGUUGUUGUUAACGGGGAAAUGAUCGAGUACUAUGAUAUAUCUGGCUGUUACAUUCUGCGCCCUUGGGCAAUGUCUAUUUGGGAGAUCAUGCAAACAUUCUUUGAUGCUGAAAUCAAGAAAAUGAAAAUUAAGAACUGUUACUUCCCUUUGUUUGUAUCAUCCGGUGUCCUUCAAAAAGAAAAGGACCAUAUAGAGGGUUUUGCUCCUGAGGUUGCAUGGGUUACGAAGUCGGGAGAAUCUGAACUGGAGAUGCCCAUUGCAAUUCGGCCAACUAGUGAAACUGUCAUGUAUCCAUAUUUUUCCAAGUGGAUUAGGGGACAUCGAGACUUGCCACUUAGACUUAAUCAGUGGUGUAAUGUUGUUAGAUGGGAAUUCAGCAAUCCCACUCCAUUCAUCAGGAGUAGAGAGUUUCUUUGGCAGGAAGGACAUACUGCUUUUGCAACCAAGGAGGAGGCAGAUACCGAGGUGCUGGAUAUCCUAGAACUUUAUAGACGUAUAUAUGAAGAGUUCUUGGCGGUUCCUGUUAUCAAGGGCAAAAAAAGUGAGCAUGAGAAGUUUGCUGGUGGACUUUACACCACUACCGUUGAGGCUUUUGUCCCAAACACUGGGCGUGGUGUGCAAGGUGCAACUUCACAUUGCCUGGGCCAAAAUUUUGCAAAAAUGUUUGAGAUAAAUUUUGAGAACGAGAAAGGAGAAAAGGCUAUGGUCUGGCAGAAUUCCUGGGCUUAUACCACCAGAACGAUAGGGGUGAUGAUAAUGGUCCAUGGAGAUGACAAAGGCUUGGUGCUACCUCCCAAAGUAGCAUCUGUUCAAGUAAUUGUUAUCCCUGUUCCCUAUAAGGAUGCAGACACAAAAGGGAUCUUCGACGCAUGCGCAGCCACUGUGAAAUCCUUAAACGAAUCAGGCAUUCGUGCGGAGGCUGAUUUUAGAGAUAACUAUUCACCAGGAUGGAAGUAUUCACAUUGGGAAAUGAAAGGUGUUCCUCUUAGGAUAGAAAUUGGGCCGAAAGACUACGCAAAUAAUCAGGUCCGUGCAGUUAGGCGUGACAAUGCAACAAAACACGAUAUUCCCAUGGCUGAUGUGGUCGAACGAGUGAAAGACAUGCUUGAUAACAUCCAGCAAAGCCUCUUUGAUGCCGCCAAGGAAAAACGAGAUGUAUGUAUUGAGGUUGUACAUACAUGGGAAGAAUUUGCAGAAGCACUUGGACAGAAGAAGAUGAUUCUGGCCCCAUGGUGUGAUGAAGAGGAGGUGGAGAGGGAUGUGAAGACACGUACGAAGGGGGAAAUGGGUGCAGCCAAGUCAUUGUGUUCUCCAUUUCAACAGCCUGAACUCCCUGAAGGUACCUUGUGCUUCGCGUCGGGAAAACCAGCGAAGAAGUGGACAUACUGGGGAAGGAGUUAUUGAUCACCAAUAUUUAUAUACAGGUAUUCGAUAUCUUGAAAAAUGGUUGCUUUCUAGAAAAAAAGAAGAAGUUAUAUGACGAAGCUACUUAAGGCGCAAUUUGUUCUUUGUUGAAUUCAAUUGUUUUAAUAGUCGGUCUAGUUUUCGUUUUAUUCAAAAGUACACCACCAAUUGACAAUACCUGAGAAGUUUAAUUCGAAUUGUCGAGGCAUAGGAAUUGUCCACAUGCCGAGACUUUGCAUUGGAAUUUUACGCAUAGCCAUUCGGGGCAUAGUUGAGAAAUCGACAUCGUUUG